AAGCCCUAAAAGCCCAUUGAAGGGUUCUCCGUUUCAUCGUCAGAAACAUAGAAAUACAACGUUUGGAACGAACAAAUCCAAUUAGGAUACCGUUGCUCAGAAUAAACACAUUACUCUAACUAGUAAUUAAUUCAAAAAACCUUUGGUAGUUAAUUGCCUUCAAAAACCCAAACUAGCUAACCUUUUCAAGGACGAACACGAAACCCGUCUGUAUGCCCAGCCGUCAGCUUCAAUUGAUUAGGAAAUCGGUGAACACUUUUUUCGCCUUAAUCCACGGGCGAAAAGGAAUCAGGCAAGUGUGAUGCCUCGCAAUAGCAACAACAGUACCAAAAGGAAAAUGGAUCUGGGUGAGGAUGUAAGCUCAAUGUUUGGAAAACGUUCAAAAACUAGCAGCAACAGUACUGUGAAUCGGUCUAGAACCAAAGGGAUGGAAGAGGCACCCACCUCAUUUAACCAAAAAAAAUGCAUUGCCUGGUUUCGACAGUACAGCACCUCCAACAACACAGACACCAUAGGGCCUGAAGGUGUUGAAGCAUUUUGUCGGGAUCUGAAUGUUGAGCCAGAAAAUAUUGCAUUGCUAGUCUUAUCAUGGAAAAUGGGAGCCAAACAAAUGGGAUUUUUCACAUUGCAAGAAUGGCUGCUUGGUCUCACAGAUUUACAAUGUGAUUCAUUAGCAAAGCUACAAGGGAAACUCAACUACCUUCAUUCACUGCUGCUGGACAGUUCCCAUUUCAAAUCAAUUUACCGAUAUGCCUUUGAUUUUUCUAGGGACAAAGAUCAGAGGAGUUUAGAUGUAGAGACUGCCAAAGCAAUGCUAGGAUUGUUGCUAGGAAGGCAGUGGUCACUCUUGAAUUCCUUCUUCCAGUUUUUAGAUCAAUCUCGGUACCGUGUUCUGAACAAAGACCAGUGGUGCAACGUUCUUGAAUUUUCACGCGCUGUCGAUAUAGAUCUGAAGAACUACGACGUUGACGGAGCUUGGCCUGUGAUGCUAGAUGAAUUUGUAGAAUGGCUCAAGGUGACCAGAGGAGAAUCCAACAUUCAAUAAAUACUUUUCUUAGAAAAUUUCAAUGCUCUGAUCGUCCAUAUAUUUCCCAACCAUCCUUAAUUGGAGGGGAUUUUAAGCCUGCUGUCUUUUGAGCUACCAGCCCGGAUUCAUCACUCCAGUGAGUGGAGCACAACUAUUUGCCGAAAAAAUUCAUUUUUUUUUCUUUUUUCUGUUUGUUAUUUUGAUUUGAAACAAUACAAAAAAGGCUCUACUCUUUUCAAUCAAAAA